ACAGACAUUUUAGCCAAUAUUUCACAUGAUGGACUGAGGCUUUUUACCCAGCAAGCAUUAAAUUGCAUUCAAAUAUGUAAAUAAUUUGUGCAUUGCCAGGAAUCAUAAAUACACCCGUCCUUUCCAAUGAAAAACCUAUGGCUCUGGUCUUUCUAUUCCAGCCCAGAAGGUGGCGAUAAGGCACUCACAGUUCGCUACCAACCGCCAUUACACUCCACUGAAGAAGAACAAGGAAAAGCCGAAGUCCUGUGAUACAGCUCGGUCAGUGGUCUUCCUCCUCCAGUCCAGAUUGAGGAGAUUGCUACCUGUCUUCCUGUCUGUCAGUAUGUCAUCCAGGAGAGAACAGAGUUCCAGGUCUCUCCUAUUUGGCUUGCUGCUUGUGCUGCUCUGUGAGGUGUUCUCGUUUGCACAUGCAAGCAAGAGUUUUGAAGACGUGCGCUGCAAGUGUAUCUGUCCACCCUACAGGAACAUCACCGGACACAUCUACAGCAGGAAUGUCUCCCAGAAAGAUUGUAACUGCCUCCAUGUAGUGGAGCCCAUGCCAGUGCCAGGCCAUGAUGUGGAGGCCUACUGUCUACUGUGUGAGUGCAAGUAUGAGGAACGCAGCAGCAACACCAUCAAGGUGACGAUCAUCAUCUACCUGUCAGUGGUGGGCUCUCUGCUACUCUACAUGUUGUUCCUGCUGCUGGUUGAACCUCUCAUUCGUAAACAUGACCCCUACAUCCAACCCCUUCACAACGAGGACGACUCUGAGGACAUGCGGCCGCAGCCUGAGUGUGCUGCUGCUGCCCAGGGAGGCAGGGGUAACACGGUACUGGAACGGGUAGAGGGAGCCCAGCAGCGCUGGAAAAAACAGGUCCAGGAACAGCGCAAGACUGUCUUUGACCGACACAAGAUGCUUAGUUAAACCUCAAUGGCUGACUUCAGAUCAGAGGCUAGAGUCACCUCCCAAGCUUCGUCCACAUCUGCUGCUGUUGUAUUGUCACUAGCUACAUGUUGUUCUUCAGGAUUUCAACCCCUCUGCCAUUUCAAUACAGUCCCUGCACAUUUAGGAUUGUUAAUGAGCGUUAUGGUAAUUCUGUUUGGAACGAUCGCUGGCCCAUUUGUCCUUUGUUUCCAAAAUGGUGGUAGCUUUGAAAAAGUAGGACUGAUUCAGAAUAUUUUUAACAUGCUUAAGCACAUUUUACAAAUAAUUUUCAAUCCUCAUUGUAGCAUUGUUGUAUUGUGAAGCUAACUCAGCGCACCGGAUACUUUAGGUAGGCUGAAUGCUUGUGAAUGAUAGGCUCACUGUAAAUAGGCUGCCGGUAUGUAAUUGGUUACUUUAAUUAUUAGCUGGUGCCAAGCCAAGUUCAUUCCUUAGUUUAAGCACUAUUUAUCUUCAGAACCACUUGUGGUUCAUUUUGCACUUCCUGAUGAUAUCCUUUGCACUUAAAGACACAAGAAAGGAAAAUGUAUUGCUUUAUUUAGCCAUGUAAUGAUGAUUGAUAGUUUGGCUGGCUUUGAAAAAUGUGUUGUUUGAUAGGCUGUCUCUACCUGGAGUGGACACAGAUGAGUGAAACCUCUGAGGAUGCUAAAUGUGAAUAGCUUAGCUUGUAACAGUCAUUGUAAUGUAGUAAUUUAUUUUAGAGUCACUGGAAUGCCAAAUGUCUUUGUAUGAUUCCAGUGUGGAAUAUUGCAGUCAGUGGAUUGUCUCACAUUCCAUUAACUAGCACUGACUGAGGCUCUGUGCUGUGUGUGUGGAGGGGGGACAUUUCCAAUCACAUUCUGAGGUGAAGUUAUGCUAGCCUGCUUUACCUCAAACACACACACAUUGAGAAUUGAUGAAAAGGUGUAUUGAAUGAAUGUUUUAGCUGACAUAUUUUAAUGCAGAUGUACUCUUAAUUGACAUUAUUUUGAAUGGAAUUAUCAAAAGGAAUAUGGUAGGGCCUGUAUGUUGAUGUUAAAGACAUAUCAACUGAUAUCUGUGUUUUGAUAUAGGCUAGGAUUUUAUUACAUUGUUUAUUUUAGUUGGACUCUUUUCUGAGAUCUUGCAAUGUUGAAAGAAUGUCUGUGUAAUUGCCUACACCAUGCUUGGAAAACAGUAAAAAUGGACCUUGGUUGAGCUUA